AUGGAUAACAGAAGCUCCGUGCUAUACCUCGCCACAUUUGAAGCCCCGUACUCUAUACAGGUGCUGAUAUUCAGCCUGUGCCUUGCGAUGUACCUAACUAUAACUGCAGCCAAUCUGAUGGUGCUCGUGACGGUGGCAGUGUCCACAGACUUACACAAGCCCAUGCACAUUUUUCUGUGCAAUCUCGCAAUUGGCGACAUCAUUAUCAGCACCGGUGGCUUGCCCAAGCAGCUGCACGUUCUCCUGACAGGCGACAGAGAGAUCAUGUACGUGUCAUGUGUCGCACAGUUGUUCACACUUCACAUAUCUGCUAAGAAUGAGAUUUUAACAUUGACUAUUAUGUCUGUUGAUCGCUACCUGGCCAUCUGCUACCCAUUGCACUACCACACCAAGGUUACUGCAAAGAGAUCCAUUUUCACGGCAUUACUGUCCUGGCUGAUUGCAAUCGUUACAGUCAGCAUUGGGGUCAUCCUUCAAAUUUCACUGCAAUUAAGCGAAAAAAACAGGCAAAUUCAAGGCAUAGUUUGUGAUCAUAUGGGAUUAUUAAAGUUGGCUGUCGGUGACACGAGCAAAAUUGAUGUUUUAGGAUCGUCAAUGGUUGCAACGUUGGGUGUAUUUCCUCUGUGUGUGGUUGCGUACACCUAUGUUCGGAUUUUUAUUGAGUGCAAGAAUUCGAGCUCUGCUUUAAGGAGCAAAGCUCUGCACACAUUCGGCACGCAUUUCAUGGCACUCGCUGUGUUUUUCACGUCAGUUUUUUUAAACAUCCUUUUUCCGCGCUUUGUGAAGGAUACGAACAGCGAGGGCGUCAACUUGAGAUGCGCCGCUCAGUUGGUGCUCUUGCUCAGCCCGAUUGCGAACGUACUCGUUUAUUGGCUACGCACCCUUGAGCUGAGACUCGCAAUUAAUACGCAAUUCAACAAGAUAUUGAGAAAGGUGCAUUUCUAUCCAACAAUCUAA